AUACUUUUCAUAAACCUAACAAUUUUAUACAAUACAAGUCACAUAAAAUAAUGUAAAUCUAAACACGCUGCGAACAAUAAAUCGAAAUCAUAAACAAUAUUCAGAAAUUGAAAUCGGAUAUUUCCAUUGUUUCUUCGGUACAAAUCAAGAAAAUUAAAGAGGGUACUAUGAGCAUUACGAGCAAAUCUAACCAUUUAAAGUGUGACCCAUGUCAGCCAAGACCACCAUGUAUAACAAGUCUAUCAAACCUCAAAUCAAAACCAAUAUCAGAUCUUAAGCGCUCAGAAUUACAGUCAUCAUCAUCGAUAUGUUCACAGAAAAGUGAAUCUAGACCAAACACAACAUCCAAAUCACAAAGCAAGUUAGAUGCUUUGAUUCCUGAGCCAGAGGCACAGCAGUCAACAGCACCAUAUCCAUCAAACGUUAACUCAGAAACAAAACCAGAUCUUAAGCGCAUUAAAUCAAAGCCAUCAACAUUGAUACAAUCCCAAGAUUAUGAAUCUAAACCAAGCACAACAUCAAAAUCACCCAGAAAUCAUCAACCAGUUCCACUAGCUUCAGCUCCGUCAUCAUUAAGCUUGCAAAGCGUUUCAAGCCAACUUGAUAGCCUAAUGCAUAUGGACAAAUCGACAAAGUCAUUGCUAAAGAGUGCUUUGCUGUUUGUUAUUGGUGUUUCACUAGCCAGAAAUAUGCGAUUUAUUGUUGAUAGUUUGAAUAUUAUGAAAUAAAAAGACGUUUCUUCAAUUUA